GGAAGUCAACACUGUCAACCUGGACACGUGUGGGACUGGAGUCGGCUGCAUCCGAUGUGCUUAUGGAAGAGUAAAGAAUACACUUCCCAUGUUCUUCAUUCAAUUGUAUUAGGAAAUAUUGCCAGCUUACUCUAAAUGCGUGUAUAAAGGUAUAGGAACUGCUUUAUAAAAAUGAAGUUUGCUUACAGGUUCUCCAAUCUUUAUGGAGCAGUUUAUCGCCAGGGCAACUUGAGUUUCUCCAAAGAUGGGAACAAUGUCAUCAGCCCGAUCGGAAACCGCGUCUCCGUUUUCGAUCUGAAAAAUAACUCAUCUGAAACCCUGCCGUUCUCCACUGUGAAGAACAUCACCUGUGUGGGUCUCUCCCCGGAUGGCGGCCUGGCCAUCGUGGUGGACGAAGAUGGCGCAGCGCAGAUCAUCAGUCUCAUCACCAGAGCAGUCCUCCAUCAUUUCCACUUCCACAAACCUGUCAGCAGCAUUCGCUUCUCACCCGACGGCAGGAAGUUGGUGGUGACCAAGGAGAAUGUUGCUUUGCUGUACCACGCGCCAGGCAAGCACCGGGAAUACAACGCCCUGGUGCUGGACAAGACAUACUAUGGCCCCUACGACGAGACCACCUGCAUCGACUGGACCACCGACUCCAAGUGUUUUGCGGUGGGCAGCAAGGACAUGUCCACCUGGGUGUUUGGAGCCGAGCGCUGGGCCAACCUCAUCUACUACUCACUGGGCGGCCACAAGGACCUGGUGGUGGGCUGCUUCUUCGAGAAGGAAAGCCUGGACCUGUACACGGUGAGCCAGGACGGAGCGCUGUGUGUGUGGGAGAGCGACACAGAGCCCAGCGGCCUGGUCCUCACGAAGAAGGUAGCAGAGGAGGAGGAGAAGGAGUCUUCGUUGGAGGAGGGCGAGGAAGCGGAGGAGGGCGGGAGCAGGGCCCAGGUCAUCAGGGGGAAAGCGGACAGCCCCAAAGACUCUGAGAUCAAGAAUGUCCGCUACCUGCAGAAGAGCAAGCAUUUCUUCAACAAGGAGGGCGAGUUCAACAACCUGACCUGCGCCUCCUUCCACAAGGACACGCACAUCCUGGUCACCGGCUUCGCCUCCGGAGUCUUCCACCUCCACGAGCUCCCAGAGUUUAACCUCAUCCACUCCCUCAGUAUUUCAGACCAGAGGAUAUCCUCGGUGGUGAUGAACUGCUCUGGGGACUGGAUCGGCUUUGGCUGCUCGGGGAUGGGCCAGCUGCUGGUGUGGGAGUGGCAGAGUGAGUCGUACAUUUUCAAGCAGCAGGGUCACUUCAACAACAUGGCCUCCCUGGCCUACUCCCCUGAUGGACAGUACAUCGUAACCGGCGGCGACGACGGCAAGGUGAAGGUGUGGAACACCAACAGCGGCCUGUGCUUCGUUACGUUCACGGAGCACACCAGCAGCAUCACCCAUGUCACCUUCACCUCCAGCGGGUUCGUCAUCGUCAGCGCGUCCCUGGAUGGCACGGUGCGGGCAUACGACCUCCACAGGUACCGCAACUUCCGCACGUUCACCUCGCCGCGCCCCGUGCAGUUCUCCUCCCUGGCCGUCGAUUUCAGCGGUGAGCUGGUGAGCGCCGGAGCCCAGGACUCCUUCGAGAUCUUCAUCUGGUCCAUGCAGACGGGAAGGCUGCUGGAGGUGCUGGCGGGCCAUGCGGGGCCGGUCAGCAGCCUGUGUUUCAGUCCGGUCCAGUCCAUCCUGGCCAGCGCUUCCUGGGACAAGACGGUCCGCAUCUGGGACAUGAUUGACAGCUGGCAGACCAAGGAGACGCUGCCACUCCCCGCCGACGGUCUGGCCGUCUCCUACCGACCCGACGGACAGGAGCUGGCUGUGGCCACUCUGGACGGGGAGAUCUCCUUCUGGGUACCCCAGGACGCCACGCAGACGGGCUCCAUCGCCGGGCGUCACGACCUGGUGAUGGGCCGCAAGGAGUCGGAGAAGAUCACUGCCAAGCAGUCGGCCAAGGGCAAGUCGUUUACGGCUUUGUGCUACUCUGCGGACGGGGCGUCCAUCUUGGCAGGCGGUCAGUCCAGGUUUGUGUGCAUCUACAACGUCAAGGAGCAGAUCCUCAUGAAGAAGUUCGAGGUCUCCUGCAACCUGUCGUUUGACGCCAUGGAGGAGUUCCUGGACCGGCGGAAGAUGACAGAGUUCGGCAGUCUGGCGCUGGUGGACGAGGGCGCCGGGGACGGAGACGGAGUUCAGCUCAGCCUACCUGGCGUCAGGAAAGGAGAUAUGAGCUCCAGACACUUCAAGCCGGAGAUCAGGGUCAGCUCUCUGCGGUUCUCCCCGACUGGUCGCAGCUGGGCUGCCACGACGACGGAGGGCCUGCUGGUCUACUCUCUGGAUGGCUCGAUGAUCUUCGACCCCUACGACCUGGACCUGGACGUGACCCCCGCCAGCGUGCGCCGCCAGCUGCGGCUCAAGGAGUGGACGUCGGCCAUCGUGCUGGCGUUCCGUCUCAACGAGCACGCCCUCACGCAGGAGGUCCUGGAGACGGUCCCGCACAAAGAGAUCCCCGUGGUGUGUGGGUCGCUCCCCGACGUGUACGUGGAAAAGCUGCUGUUCUUCCUGGCGGGCUGUCUGGAGAAGUCUGCCCACCUGCAGUUCUACCUGAGCUGGGCCCAGAACUUGCUGCUGUUGCACGGACAGAAGCUCAAGAACAGAUCGGGAGCCAUCCUGCCCACCAUCCAGUCCUUACAGAAGAGUCUACAGAGACAUUUUGAAAGUCUCUCCAAGCUAUGCGAGUGGAACAUUUACACGAUCCGUUACGCAGUGGCCCUGUCGAAACAGAGAGGACUGAAGCGAAGCGCAGAACAGCUGGAGGAGGUGGAGGAGGAGGAAGUGGUGGAGGAUGAGGAUUUGUUUGAAGGGAUGAGCCAGGCCUCUAUGGAAAACACCGUCAUGGUUAUGUAAAAGGCUGGGUCCAAUCUCGAGUCAUCUUCAUUCCUUUGCGAUGCCUGAUUUGAAAAAAAAUGCUUUGUUGGACUGUUGAAAGUUAUUGUAAAUGUUUUUUAUUAAAGAGAUUGUAUAAAAGGG